UUUGACUCACAGACACAUAAGCCCUGCAGCACUUGUCAUCCCUGGCAUUCACCCGUCUCUACUUUGACCACUUGUUAAUAUGAUCUGGCUUUGCAUCACAUCUGUGUUGUCAAUUACUCUAGUCAUCUCCAAUCAAUGUAUUAAUGCAAGCCGCAUCACAGUUUUCCCAGCAGCGAGCCAAAGUAUUGCUGGAGUUUUCCAGGUUAGCUUGUUAAAUAACCUCAACCAGCCAGAGUAUGCCUUCAAUGUCUCUGAAGCUCGGAGGCUAUGCUUGUCCCUCGGUGUGAACAUUGCCUCAAAAGCACAAGUACAAGAAGCGCUCACCAGAGGUUUAGAAACGUGCAGGUAUGGAUGGAUCGAUGAGCAUCUUGCAGUGAUUCCCCGCAGAAAGGCCCUUUCUAAUUGUGGCCAAAACCAAGCGGGCUUGGUGACAUGGCGAGCUUCUGUUACAAAAAAGUUUGAUGUGUUUUGCUUUAAUGAAUCAGAUGCAGCAACACAACUGAAGGAUACAACGGAAAGCCCUUUGAGCAGAAGGGUUAACUUGGGGCAAACUCAGUCUUUUUCCAGGGCAGCAGACUCGAUACUGAAUAUGCACUCUACAUCUUCCUCAUCCCUUCUUCCUUCUUCCUCCUCAACUCCUAAAACCAUAGACAGCAAGGCAGGACCAGCCCAGUUUCUCAGCAGUGCACAGGGCCCUACUGGAGCAAAGGCCAUACUCAUCACCUCAAUGUGUGCCCUUUUCCUUGUUGCAAUAAUCAUCCUUGCAUACAUAAAAAUGAGAAGGAGUCACGUUCUGAGCUCUGAGGUGAAGCAGCAGCUAGAGCACAUCCAGACAGAAGAGUGGACAUGUGAGAAGAAUACAAAGGAAUCCAAGGAAGAUGUUGAGGAAGAUGAGAGGAUAGAAGUGGGCGACAAUGCAAAUUAAACAUUUGAUCGUCUGAUGAGAUAUUUUUAGGUAACACUCCGUGGACAACCACUGAGUAAUAUUCUUUUCAAGGAUAAAGAUAAGUCUCUUGUUGUGUCUUUGUUUUGUGUGAAAGGAACAGAAGUGGAUUUAUUUUUGAAUGUGUUCCAUGUCUUUGUUAGUAUUUUCAGUCAUCUGACAUUAUUAAAUGGUGCAGUUUAGCCACUAGAUGGCAAUGUUUGAAAAACAAUCAUUGUGAAGACUGAAGACCUUUUAUUCUAUAAAGAUACUGUGUGCUGCUUAGAGACAAAGAACAUACACGUAAAUGCAACAUUUCUUCAACAAUUUCAAGCACUUUUUAAAAGCGGUAUAUAUCAUUAUGAACUUAGGUAUCUCCCAAAUCUUUCAAUACACCGAUAGCUUUCCAAAAAACAAACUGAAACUUCUUUUUUUACAGACGUUUAAGGGAGAGACACAGGAAGAGUCCCAGACUGGACAUCAUUCAUCUCUAAUCAGAGUUGUCUGAACUAACAUUGUUUAAAGCUUUUUCUACCAUAAGUGUUCUUAUGUCCAAUGUACAGUGUUUACAGUAACUGAAAAACUUCAAGUGCAUGACAUACCCCAUCACAAAAUGGAGUGUUAGGUACAACUGUUUAUACAAAGUGGGUUAGUCUAAUGACAAGUGUGUUAAUUUACUUCACACACGUCUGGCCCUCCACAGCUUUUGUCUAUUCCUUUGAGAGCCAUCAUAAUCCUGUCAUCCAAGGCAUGCGUUUUCACUUUACCAAACUCCUUUGUUAUCAACCAGCUAAGUUUUGCUUUUUAGUUAUGAUGUGAUAUUGUGUUGUUCAUUUAUUCAUCAUGGUCACUACUGACAUUUUUCAAAAUAAAUUUAAAUGGUGUUUA